AUGGAGCAAGAUCUGUGUAAUUUGGACGAGUCUGGCGGUUUUCACAACAGUUCUGUAAUGGAUGCUGAUGUUAUCGAUUCAAUUAAUGGCGUCCAUGACAUUUUGAAUUUUGAAGCACGUUUCCAAAUGUCAUGUUCCUUCCAAAAUAUGGAAAGAAACAGCUUCCCGGCGGUCGACGUCGGCAAGCACUCGCACCUGCUCGACUACCUGCUCGUUCUGAAGCCGGCCGAGAACCCCGCGACAGAGGCCGCCGACGAGAGCUACGACACCGAGGAGCAGCCGGCGGACGGUGGAAGCGUGGAGGUGCAGAAGCCGGCUGCCGGAUGCGAGUACGUGAAUCAGCUGCUCGUCGCCGUGUGGGGCAUCGUGUCGGGGCUCAAGACCGGGCCGAUGCGCUACGUGACUAGGCCCAUCGCGUUCGCUGUCAAAGCGCCGUGGAAGAUGCUCACCGUUGUGCCGGGCCUCUCGGCGAUGAAGAACCCCGUCGAGUCCUUCUUCAUGUCCGGCGCCGACGGGAGCACCCACCCCCGCGACCCGUCCAGCACGGGGUACCUGACCCGGCCGCCGCCGAUCGAGGAGAUCAUGGUCCCCUCGGUGUCCGAGCUAGCCAACGUCGGCGUCAAGUUCUCCCCGACCGCCGGCGACCUGUCCACCAUCGCCUUCGACGCCAAGACGGUGACCUUCCACCUCCCCGUGGUGACCCUGGACUCCAACACGGAGGUCGUGCUCCGGAACCUGGUCGCUUACGAGGCAUCGGCGGCGUCGGGCCCAUUGGUGCUGGCCCGGUACACGGAGCUGAUGAACGGCAUCAUCGACACCGACGAGGACGUGGCGCUGCUGCGGCAGCGCGGGGUGGUGCUGAACCGGAUGAAGAGCGACGGCGAGGCGGCGAAGCUGUGGAACGGGAUGACGCGGUCGGUGCGGCUCACCAAGGUGGCGUUCGUGGACAGGGCGGUGGAGGAGGUGAACCGCUACUACAACUCGCGGUGGCGCGUCAAGACGAAGCGGUUCAUGCGCAAGUACGUGUUCAGCUCGUGGCAGCUGCUCACCUUCCUCGCCGCCAUCAUGCUGCUGCUGCUCACCACGAUGCAGGCGUUCUGCUCCGUCCACACCUGCUCGCGGUGGUUCGGCGCCGUCACCGUCGCGACGGCGGAGUAAUUAAUUUGCU